UCCUAUUUUGUCUUCACUCAUGCCUAACUCAAGCGAGCGGUUGUGUUUUGGUGGCUCUCUGGACCAGGGCGGUCUAGAAUGGAUUGAAGGCCAGAUAGACAAAGCUGCAAGUCGUUGCCACUACUGUGGUACCAUUGCUGACCCUCGGACUUCCUUGGCAUUGACUGGAGGAGAAGGUGGACGAGGCUUUCCACAUCACCUGGAUCUUGAGGUUCAGGGACAGGGACAGCAAGUCAUGAGGAAACCUCAUCUCAACAACAACAACCUUUACCUGGGCUCUGGACCACUUCAUGGUUACAUCCAGGCUGACGGCAGCUUAAAUGGCCAGCCACCCAAAGAAGAGUCGGGGUUUUAUAGGGACAACCAGCACCUGCUCUCAAGAUCACCCUUGCAUUAUGGGCCCGGCAUGACCGGGUUGAGGCCUUCUUGGGAUCAAGCACAGGGAAGGGCCAUACCUACUGUACAAGCCUCGAGUUCUACACCUAUCCCCAUGCCUCAUCCCCCACCACCUCCUCCCCCGCCACCUCCUCCUCUUCCUGUUCAUGAGCUGAGCCGUUUGUACAGGGAAACUCUGGGAUCUAAGAUUAUCUUGGACGCGCAGCGUAUUGCAGGCAGCUCUCCUUCUUCUGCAGUCUACGGACCUCAGACCUCUCUUUCUACUUAUGCUGCUGAGCAACCAUCUGUCUCUGCUCAACAAACAUUAAACAAUUUCAGCAGUUUUUCCUUGGAUCCACGUCAGUCAGCUGCCACCAGUUCCGUGGUGGACCCAGCUUCUCAGGGAAUGGACGGAGCUCUCCCUCGUGCUUAUGGGGCGGUAGCCUCCCACAGACUUCCUUAUGACCCCAGCUAUGAUCCCAGCUCAGCCAUGAUGGCUGCCACAGCUGGCAUGUCCUCCAACUUGCCUCCUCACCAUCCCAGCGCCACAGACCCCAAGAAGAUGGUGGACCCUUCCUUUUUGGCCCUUUUACGAGCAGAAGGUCUGGCUGAGAGCACCAUCACCCUCCUGCUGCAACAUGGGUUUGAUUCCUCCCCCAUGCUGGGGAUGAUGGAGGACCAUGACAUUCGCUCCGUAGCCCCAAACUUGGCUCAGGCCCGCCUUCUUUCCCGUAUGGUGCUCGGUUACAAGACCGGCGGGGCUGCGACUCGCACCCGAUCCAACAGCUUCGGCCAUUGCAAUGACUUUUACGUGCAGCCCCAAGGUUUGAGCAUGGAUCCGGGUCUGAUGCAGCAACCUCCCAACGCUAUUCAAACCGUAUCCCCCAGAAUGGGAGAGUUUCUCGGAAGAAGACCCAGCACCGCUCCAUCCCAACACCUGCUGGAAACCGCCACCUAUCCAGGAUCUCGGCCCCUGGCAACUGGAGCGUUCCCAGUCAGCCCUGUAGGAUACAGCAAUGCUGUGACACAGGGAAGACCCUUCUCUAUGUACAACGCCCACACUGGUUUAGCCAUGUCUGCUCUUGGCCAACAGCCUCCGCGCGCCCCGGGCACCCCUGGAGCUGCCCCCAAAACCUUCUCCGGGUCUUACUCACCUAUGGAGCUUAUGAAACGGGCCCCCAACCUUCCUCCAGCGUCCCCGAUCGCGGCUCCGAGCCCCCUCCACAGCCCACAACUUCUACGGAAAGGGAUGAGUGUUGCUCCUGAGAAUAACAUCGCCCCCGCGAAUUCUUCCUCCAGUCUCCAAGCGCAGAGCUUUAACAACAACAACAACAAGCUGGUCGGGCGGCGCACUGGUCCACCUGUCAUCGUCUCUACCAUGACCACCACGCCUGACACAAGCAUCCGGCCGCAGAUAAUGAACGGGCCGAUGCACCCACGCCCCCUGGUGGCGCUGCUGGACGGGCGCGACUGCACGGUGGAGAUGCCCAUCCUCAAGGACCUGGCCACCGUGGCCUUCUGUGACGCACAGUCCACGCAGGAGAUCCACGAGAAGGUGCUGAACGAGGCAGUGGGGGCCAUGAUGUACCACACCAUCACUCUGACCAGGGAGGACCUGGAGAAGUUCAAAGCACUACGCAUCAUCAUCCGCAUCGGCAGCGGCUACGACAACAUCGACAUCAAGGCUGCCGGGGAGCUCGGCAUCGCGGUGUGCAACAUCCCGUCGGCGGCGGUGGAGGAGACGGCCGACUCCACCCUCUGCCACAUCCUCAACUUGUACCGGCGGAACACGUGGCUCUACCAGGCUCUGCGGGAAGGCACGCGGGUCCAAAGCGUGGAGCAGAUCCGCGAGGUGGCGUCCGGCGCCGCCCGCAUCCGGGGCGAGACUCUGGGCCUCAUCGGCUUCGGGCGAUCAGGGCAGGCGGUGGCGGUGCGGGCCAAAGUGUUCGGCUUCAACGUGAUCUUCUACGACCCGUACCUCCAGGACGGCCUGGAGCGCUCGCUGGGCGUCCAGCGCGUCUACACCCUGCAGGACCUGCUGUACCAGAGCGACUGCGUGUCCCUGCACUGCAACCUGAACGAGCACAACCACCACCUCAUCAAUGACUUCACCAUCAAACAGAUGCGACAAGGAGCGUUCCUGGUGAACACGGCCAGAGGAGGCCUGGUGGACGAGAAGGCCCUGGCCCAGGCCUUGAAGGAGGGGAGGAUACGAGGAGCCGCCCUGGACGUCCACGAGACAGAACCUUUCACUUUUGCUCAAGGUCCCCUCAAGGACGCACCCAACCUGAUCUGCACACCUCACACGGCGUGGUACAGCGAGCAGGCUUCCCUGGAGAUGAGGGAGGCGGCCGCCACGGAGAUCCGAAGAGCCAUCACUGGUCGCAUACCGGACAGCUUAAGAAACUGCGUCAACAAAGAGUUCUUCGUCACUACGGCACCUUGGGCUGUCAUGGACCAACCUGGCGUUCACCCGGAACUCAACGGCGCCGCCUACAGAUACCCGCCAGGCGUGGUGGGCGUAGCGCCGGGCGGCCUCCCGGGGGCGUUGGAGGGCAUGGUACCCGGCGGGGUGCCCAUCGCCCACACCCUGCCCUCUGGUACCCACCCCUCGCAGGCCCCGUCGCCCAACCAGCCCUCCAAACACGGCGAGCCCAGAGAGCACCUGACUGAGCAAUAGCAGCGACAAGAAGGGACCACCCUUCCUCCCCCCUCCGUCCCCCCCAACUUGGAACAGACCUGUCGAGCCACCACCCCCGACUGGGACCAAGAGACAGUCACCUUCCCCCCAAAAGACGAUGGAUUUGUACUUUUAACGUCUUCUCUUUUGCUUUUGGCUCUCUUCGAUUUUUGUUUUCUUUUUGGGGAGGGGGUACUGGCACGACCACCACGGAGGACUUGACAGGAAUCAUACCAACGAGAAGGAAAAAAAACACUUUGCUACUGGACCGUUUACAACUUACAUCAUCUUCCCCUUUACUCUUCUGCAGCUGUUGUUUAGGCCCCUCCUCUUUUAACUGCUGAUUGGAUAUAAAAUCAUUCUUUUCCUGGUGGUAAAUUCAUGAAAUUACACUUGAUUAUCCAAACUUCAUCCCAAAAAGGAAAUAAUUAAACACUCAGGACCCCCUCCCUCCAUUUUUUUGCAGAUUCAAAAUCCCAUAUUUUUGUCUGUGAAGUAAAAAAAACAAAAAAAAAAAACGUUUUUGGGUGUUCAAAAGUUCAAAUCCCGUUAGAUUGCUUAGUUGGAUGUUGCUAAGUAACCAUCAUCCUUUGUGAUCCGCCCUCUCCUGCUUCUUGUCUACUACUUUGUUCUGUCCUAACGAGGUCAGGGGCAAGCUCAUCUGGGGUGUGGGGGCCAUCCUGUUCUGUAAAGCAAUAGCAGACAAACUCCUCCAUAGUGUCCCCCGCCAUCAUAGCAGCCAGCCAGCAGUACGACGACGAUGAUGAUGAUGAUGAUUUUGGUUUUAGCGUGAGUAUUUGUAUUUGUUUCUUGUAUAAGGUGAACAUUUAGCAUUCAGUGCAGUUCCAAUAAAAAAUAAAAAAAACACA